AUGGCGAGUGAAACCACAUCCAAAUCUCCCUUUCUCAGCCUUCCCAACGAGCUCAUCUUGAGCAUCGUCGAACGGAUCGACCAAGAGAACAUCCAGGACCUGCUCAAUCUAAGUCUCACUAGUCGCCGCAUGUGCAUGCUCUCGCUGGACCAUCUAUACGGCCAUCUCACAGUAAGGUCACCAUGGCCACUCCUACGCACCAUCUUCUUAAGCCCGGAGCUGGCAUCACGUGUCCACAAAGUGACAUGGCGGUACAACAUGAAAGAGAAGCACGACACCGCCGCCAACAAACCAACACUCUUCAAUUCCCUCGACGAGUUGAGGAUUCCGAAAAUCAGCGGCGCCGCAUGCUGCGAUAUGCAGCGCUCCCAGACCUGGUUGUUCCACGAGUUUAUGGAGACAUUCCUGAUGUUUACGCCAAAUCUGCACAAGCUCAUCAUCAAGGAUACACACGCGUGGAUGGGAAGCGUAUACUUGUUCAAAAUGAUGGCCGCGAACCCUGAUCGACUGGUUCACCUAAAGAGCGUUCAUAUCCACGCUUCACUACUCAGCAUGGAGCAGCUCGCACACUUGUUCCUUCUCCCUUCUCUCCGCAAAGUCACUGCAACGGAUCUCGUACUGCUGGACCGCCCUGAAGGAGAUCCGCUAGAGUGGAACUCCGACAUGCCGCUCCAAACCGUGCUAGAUCCAGGCUCCUCUGCAGUCGAGAACAUCACGCUGAAACGCUCGUGUGUUGGCAUAUCAACGUUGGGGUGCUUUACAGCGGCGUGCAGGAACCUAAAGAGCUUUGCAUAUGAGCAUGAGUAUUACAACGAUCAUCGUAUGCGGCAGUACAAGCUUCCUUCUUCCUCGCGAUUUAGCACUCUUGCUUCCCCACUUACUCACACUCUUACGACUUUGGAACACCUUAGUAUACGUGGAGACGCGAGGAAGUUGGAUCAGACGCAUGUAUUGCAGGUAGCGCGACUAGCCUCAGGUAUGAAGUAUCUCCGCUCUUUGGAUAUGGGCUUGCUAUCCCACGACGAUAACCCGGAUCAAUGUACCGAAGACUUUGUCACGCACCUAGUGCGAUUUCUCCCGUCGACGUUGGAAGAGAUGACUUUUGAGAUUGACUGGCAGGACAGUUGGGGCUCCAAGGGGUGGGUUGGGCCGACAGAGAUGUUGUGUUAUAUCGCCGCUCUUGCACCGUCAAAGCUGAACCUGCUGAAGCGUGUUGCGGUGGUAGAUUGGCCGCCUUUCUUGGGUCAUUUUCCACCAGAUUUUGCUAAGCUGCAUCGGUGUUUUGCCGAGCAGAAUAUUCACUUUGCGUCUAUACCGGCGCAACUUGAGGGGAGGCACCCGCUGCAAUGGUCGGAUUAUGUGGAGCCUGGGUGGGUGUUUGUGGAGGUUGCUGAAGCGUAG